CCUUUAAGGGCGGGGGCGUGUCGCGGCCGCCCGGGCCCGGCCCGUUAAAGGCCCGGCGGGGGGCACGCGGCGCUCAGGCGGGGCCGGUGCGGGGCCGUGCGGGCCCGCAGGAUGUACACGCUGACGCGCGGCCCCAGCAAGCUGGCCACGCAGCGCCGCACAGGUCCGACGCAGCAGGCGGUGGAGAGCAGCAAAGGGGCCGAGCUGCGGGGCCGGCUGCAGCCCGGGGCCUGGCCCCCCGCCAGCCCAGCCCAGAAACUCGUCUUCAACAGAGUGAAUGGCAAGAGGCCGCAGGUGCUGCCGCAGCACGUCUUGGCCCCUGAAGAGUGCUACACUCUGGCCCAUGAGGAGAAUGUCCGCUUUGUCUAUGAAGCCUGGCAGCAGGUAGAGCAGCAGCUGGACAGCAGCCGGAGUGGGGAGAGCACCUGUGGCCCCGUGCAGUACGUAGAGAAAAACCCCAACCCUGGACUCAAAAACUUUGUUCCCAUUGACCUGGAGGAGUGGUGGGCACAGCAAUUUCUGGCCAAGAUAGAAAGCUGCUCCUAAAAGGGAAGGAAGGUUUGGUGGUGUCCUGAGGGAGCAUCAGCUUGGAGCCCAGAACUGGUGCCAUUUUAGAACCACGUUUUUAAAGGAUGACCGAAAUCAAAUGACCGGCAGGACCAGACCAGAGCCAUGCCCCAUCCCUGCGCCCGCUGCGGUGCAGCAGCAUGCGGCCCCGGCCAGGAUGCCUCAAGUGCCAGUUCUCAGACUGUUGCAGCUCCUGCAGCCUCCAGCUCCCAGGGACACUAUGGUGCCACGCUGGGGAUGAGGGAGCAGAUCCCCCCCUGUGGCUGGAGCCAUGGGGAGGACAGUGGGGUGCUGUAGCAGGACUGCCAGACAAUAAAGCACUGAAACUGCC